UCUUACAUCACCCGCUUGACUACACUACAUAAUUCACUCCAUGCUGAAAGAAGCUGCAAACGGGAGAUCUGAAUGAAAGAGGUUAAAUGUGUGAGACAAGAAAUUUCCCCUAACCGUCACUCAGUCCUCCAGCACACAUUUAUUGAGCCCAUACUCGGUGCUGGAUUUGGUCUGGGCCCUGAGGAUGCCGUGGACAUCCACACAGACCUGGUUGCCUGGCCUGCCUGCUGCUCUGACAGAGUGAAUCUGCCUCUCAGGAUUUCCUUUGGGACCCACGUGUUGACUAAAGAAUUGGCCCUCCAGAAGUCAUGCCAGCUCACAGAGUUCAUCCACAAGGCCAGGUGACAGAAGUCUCUUCUCUUUCCAGUGCAAAGGAAAUGCCUUCAGAUAUGAAGCACAAAAAAGAGCAAUGCUGGCCUCCCACCAGACAGUGCCUCUGGAUUUCCUGCAUCGCAUUCCUUGUGCUUGGAGUUCUGGCUGCUGUGAUCAGUCUUGGGGUCACCUUUGGGAUGCCUGGAAAACCUGCAAGUUUGCCACAUCGACAAUGUAAAACAGCUUCACAGCAACUUGGCUUCUUGUGCGAGGACCUCACGACUUGCCUGCCACCUUCCCUGCUUUGUAACGGCAAGCUGGACUGCACUCAUGGCGAAGAUGAAUCGGCUACCUACUGUGGCCAAAUGCCCAGCAGUCUCCCACAAAACUUGAUAUUCAAGUGUCCCAAACAGAAGACUUGGACAUAUUUGGACAAGGUGUGUGACACAAGAAACGACUGUGGCGAUUGUUCAGAUGAAUCAGAACUCGCUGCAAAAAUGGCAUUCAAGACUGUGCUGAUUGGAGUGAUGAAAACUUAUGCAAAUAGAAGACUUUACCAAUUACGUAUAUUUUUGGAAAACCUAAAAAACUGUUAUUAGUUCUCUUCUCUAAAAAAAAAAAAUUGACAUACGUAUCUUUUGGGGGAAAGGGGUAAUCUAAAACAAAAAUCCAGUGUUAUGUAAUGGAGAAAAAAAAAUAAUUGGUAGACAUCAGACCCAAUCUUCAGUGACCUUGAGCCCAUUUCCAAACUUGUUUCCAAAUUUUAGAAUGUAGCUUUCUAAGCCUGUGCACACAGGGUUAUGAGAAUGACACAACUGUACUCCAGUUUGAUUAUUUCAACAAAUAAAGGGCAUUCAACCUAAAUUCUCAGAUCAAAAUCAAUGUCUGUCUCUUCAUUAGUGUAGCCCUGGUUCAGAUCCAGCCCAAACCAGUUUGGCCCACGGCUAGUCUUAAUAAUGGACAACAGCCAGCAAUUAGUGACAACAGCCAAAAAUUCAACUAUAUCAGAAUCAUCUGCCCCUCUAGCCUGCCAGGGCCUAAAAUGCUUUCCAUUUAGGUCCUUAAGUCGAGCAGACCUGAACGUGAAUCUCAUCUUAAGGGGCAGUGUGAACUCACACAAGCAAUUCCAUCUCUUGAAGGUGGUUUCCUUAUCUGUACAAUGUGGCUCUUCGGGGAGGAUUGUUAUGAUAAUCAGUGAGAUGGUAUAAAACAAGUGGUACAGUGCUUACCAGGGAAGUUACAAGAAUUGUGGGCAGUUAAAGAAAAAUUGUAAGGAUAUGGUAGAGCAUGUAUAAAUUAUAAAAAAAUAUCUGCUCUCCUCCUCUGGGGAAGGAUUACCGUUCCCCAAGCCUCACGGCAUCAGACUUGGCUAUGUACGUGACCUGCUUUGGCUGAUGAAAUUGGUUCUUAAUGUGCAUUGCUUCCCAACGUAAGUUUGAAGAGCCAGCUGGUUGUUUGCUAUCUCUGUCCCUGCCUUGAGACUGCCAAUGUUCCAAUUAGAGGCUGCUUCUGGAGGAAAGUCUUGUCCAGUCACAGGCAAAUCACAAACAUUGUGACAAAUAAAUGUAGCAAUUGAAAGUUUCAGUCAUUUGUUAACUGUAGCAUAACCCUAUCUCUAUAUUGAAGAUAUUACAGGAAAAACCUUUCUUACUGAUCUGUAGCCACCAACACACACCGUUUAAAUGGACCAAAUAGGUAACAUUCUUAGAGGUUGUUGGGGAAAACGGUGAGUACAGACACACAACCGUAUUAACCUUAGCCAGCAUCUGCUACAAGAAGCAAGUUGCCCUGGGGUAGGCCUAGCCUAGAAAUGUAUUGCCCUUUACUACCGUGUUUCCCCGAAAAUAAGACCUAGCCGGACCAUCAGCUCUAACGUGUCUUUUGGAGCAAAAAUUGAUAGAAGAC